AUGGCGGCGAAGCGAAAGAACGAGGAAAGCCGCGAAGUCAGCGACACAAGAGAGAACUAUAAGAAGAAAUCAUCUAACGGUGUCGUUGUUGGUGGGGACUUUGCGCGUUUCGUCGCAGAGCAACAACAAAAAGACACGUCUAAGGAAGAGCAUUUGUCAUCGCUGAAUGAGUUACAACCGACGCCGUAUUCGCAGCUUGCCAAGCUAGACGAAGGAAUGAAUCGAUGUUUCAGAGCAAAUAGAAAACGGUCUCGCGAUGCGCAGACUCUUUUAAAGCGAGCGAAGAAAUUGAAAGAGGUGAAAUUCUUUAACCGUCUUAUCAGAGACUUUGGAAACGACAAGCAGUUUGGGUUCGCGGAAGAGGCGUUUCGGAUACUCGAGAAAGAGUGCAACAUCGAACCAAACGCAUACUCUUACACGAAUUUACUGAACGCGUGCGUUCGAGUUGGCGAGUUAAAACGAGCUAGAGAAGUUUUUCAGAAGAUGGAGCGCGACUGCGAUGAAAAACCAAACGAGGUCACGUGUACCGUCUUCAUCAAGGGACUAUGUGAGGAAGGAUUGAUAGAUGAAGCUUUAGAAUUAGUGAAAGAUAUGGUUCGCGGUAGUGCAAGCCGUCCACGAGCGAACGUGCGGACGUUUUCAACUAUUUUGAGGAAUUGCGUGAGAUAUCGCGAUGUCCAUUCAGCGGAAGCAACAUUUUCUUUGAUGCGAGAAUGUUUUGACGUAUUACCAGACGCGGCGUGUUACGAGUAUCUAUCGAAGUCGUACGCGUCAAGACUAGACGUAGAAAAAGCAGAAAAGACACUGAAUGAAUUAGAAUUACAACAAGAUGAGAACGGAAAGGUGUUGAACAUUCCAGCGUCAGCGCUCGCUUCUUUAGCCGGUGUCGCGGCGACGGUAGGGAAAGUCGACGUCGCAAAAAGAGCAAUAGCGAAGUGCAGAGAGAGAGCAGACGAAGAGCAACGGAACGCCGAGCAGUUUAGUAGCAACGCGAAUAGCAGCAGCGAAAAAGAUAGAAGUAACAACCAAAAACCGAACGACGACUCAACAACGCCGAGUAAAUCAGUUUCGAACUUUUUCAAAGCGAGAGCGUCGGACGCUCUUCGAGAGAUUGUCGAAAUAGAAGCGUUCCUUUCAAGCGAUGACGAUGUGAUUAGACAAGAAGCGAAGCAGCGAGCAGAAGCGUUUGGUGUAGAUGAGACCGAUGAUAUUGUCUUUGUUCACAAGCAAAGAGAACUUGCCGAAACUCCUGCUAUAGAAAAGUUUUGGGCGUCGAGAUACGAAAGGAAAGGAAAAGCUUUCAUGAAAGCAAAGCUAGAAGUGUGCUCUGGCCACGGAGAUUGGAUCACGUCGCGGUGUGCGAAAGAAAAAGAGACGACAGAGUGGUUUGGUAUUGAAAUGCGAGAGAAUCGCGUUGCGUUGACGUGGAUUAAAAGUUUGCGACUCGGCGUUCGCAAUCUCACGAUGCUCUGUGGAUUAGCCCACGAGUGCAUGCGGAAGCAAAUACCAAACGAAGUGCUCGAUGAAAUAUACGUAAACUUUCCGGAUCCGCCCGAGUGGAAUGGGAGCGCCAAUUGUCUCGUCGAUGGUGCUUUUUUGGUUGAAUCUCACCGCACGUUGAAAACCGGUGCGUAUCUAAUUUUAGUGACGGACGAUCCGGGGUACGCGAUGCGAAUGUGUCGAGAACUCUCCGUCGUCCCGCACUUGUUCGAACCAACCGCUACGGAUGGGAAACCGUUCGAAAACAGAUUGCCGGCUGAUUACGGGUUCUCUUAUUUCAACGCGCUUUGGACGAACGGGAACUUGAAUGACCGAUACUACAUAAAGUACCAGAAGCGCAAUAUAUAA